GCGUGUUGACUCGAUGCUCGCGGCCGAUCAGAAGCUAUCGGCACCGAGGUGUGAUCUCAUGCUACGUAAAUCGCAGGCCGAGAGUAGUGGUGGUGGCCCGGCCUUGAAUCUCGUCUUUUGAUCCAUCGAAAAUUGUGGGUCGAUUUCGCGUCGCAUAAAGCAGAUCCCUUGAACGAAGGCCGGGAGAUGGAAAGCACUUCCCUCACUGAUGACUGCGUCGCGACACGAACGCACGAAGAGAAAAAAGCGACCUCGGGCCGCUUGUGCUUGACCGAGCGCAACGCGCAGCUGCGGGUAGACAAAGCGGGAGUCCCACCUGCCUUCGCUUUUCGCUCAUUCGGUGUGUUGAUCUCGAUCGUACUUCAGGUAUGGAGGAAGAGUGAAAUUGCUCAAGUCGGAUAGGAGUACCUUCAAGGAUUCAGGGAAUUCUAGCUCGAUGCAGACACGCUGUUUUCCAUAUGACGAAUGAAAGGUUGCUUUAGCAGAGAGAGAACGGUCAGUUCUGUAGUGGAAUUGGAAUCUCGAAAGGAGGAACGCUGCUGACAAUUGCACGGCUUCAGGGUUUAAACGGGGCGAACUUUAGGGUUGGACGAGGAGUUUGAUCACGCAGGUGGCAGUCAGUUUGAUUCGCUUAUGACUGUUGACCGAAGGGUUGUCGUUGGGAAUCCUUGUGCAUAUUCACGUUGUUGAAAGGAUCGUAGGACGAUUGUGAACAGAUUGCUUACGGUAGAAAUAAGGAGCUUUUUGUUUCACUACGAGGAUACUUUCGGUGACGGGCUUUCUCGGUCACCUCUCGUAAUUUUCACUCGAGAGCUUACUAGAAGUGAUUUGACGAUCACCGAGACAUGUGUGAUGUCCAGGUGCUACGAGAGAUUAUUAACAGCGCACCGCACCCCGAGUUCGUAGAUUACCUGAGGUGUCGAGGAAUUGGUGUGACCUAUUUUCACAACAUUCAGAAAUCUCUUCGGAGGGCGUGAGCGAGUUACGCGGUGAUCUCUCUGAGAGUCUGCGAUUCAUGGCCAUGGAGGUCAGCGAUGAAACUUUGACUAUCCACGUUCAAUACUGAGCACAUCUUCAGGCGCUCUAGCCGGAAAUCCAGGACUGUGGAGAAAGUUAGAAAAUUAGAGGGAGCUGAUUGGUAUAGGCUCAGGAGAGUAAGCGAUGGGCAACAAAGCGUUCAAGAGCCGGCCCAGAUAUGUCAGAAUUAUGGAAACUGGCGGCGAAUUUCUCGAGUUUGAGCGGCCAGUGGAAGUAUCAGAAGUGAUGAUGCGGUACCCCAAUCACAUGGUGGUGCACUGUUUUCCAAACGACGGGAAUUCCACGGACCCCGCUGGUAGAUCCAGAAUCACGAUCAUGCACCCGGAUCAAGAGCUUGAACCGGGGGAAGAUUACAUCCUACAUCUUGUUCCACCACACUACCGCAAAGUGGUGUUCAAGAGUUUGAGUCAGCCAUCCCCACGUAAGGCAAAGAAGAAAGAGCCGAAAUACAGGGUCUUGCGGAUGCUGUCGAGGCAGAAUCUCACUGCCUUUUUCCCCAAGCAUUCUCGGAGACAACACGGCAGGAGCGAAUCAUCUCUAUCAGAUCUGAUAGAUCAGGAAAAUCAACCUCAAGUUUGUGUAUAUAUGGGAUGGCAGCCAAGUUUGGAAUCCAUACUGGAGUGUUCAUCUGAGGAGGAAAUCGAUUAGACAUGGACAGCUCAUAGUUACCUCGUCCCACAGGAAAUAGCAAUUUGCUCAAUUUUGUAGGCUUAGGUUUUUUGCAGUUUUGAUUGAGGUCAGAGUUUGAUGUUGCAGGUAGUAGAAGUAGUGGGAUAGAAGUUGUAGGUAAUGUCAGGGCUUUGAGGUUUACUACUGGUGAUUAGCCCCUACCUUUAGAUGCAAGUGUUCUAUAUGUAGAGUAGAUAAGGAUCAUCUUGAGUUGAGUUGUAGAUUUGGUGCCCAGGGAAUGUAGUUCAGAAGAUUGAAAUUAAUAGGCCCCUGCAUAUAGGUAAUUUACCAUGCUAAGGGGGUCUCAUACACUUAUCGCGAGUCAUGUGACGCGAGAAAUGUGAUCAUGACUGCGUAUUUGUAACAUUAUAGAACAGGAGUCUGGUUUUCCAGAACUAAAUGCUAACUUUGUUUCUGCGCUUCGACCUUCAAUUAUCGUGCAUUGUUUUGUCUGAACCCAUACUGACUACUGUAGGGAGAUUAAGUUAUUAAUCCCAACUUAAAAUAGAGAGGAAGUCGUUGAUAAAAAAAUCUUCGAUCAAACAUUGUUAUUAGUCAUGGGCGGAAAGGAAGAUAUUGCUCCUAAUCCAAAUUUUCAUGAGAUCAGGCUCCUGCGACAC